CCUUUUUGUCAAAGUUCAAUAUUACAUGGAUUGUUCUGUAGAAGAAUACAGUAGAUGGACUACAACUGAAAUUAAAAAUUAAUCAUUCAGCCGGUCGCGAUAAAAACAAUUAUUUAAUUCCAUGCGUCAACCGCUGCCACUUUGUCCGUCAACUCCUCUGCAGUGGCACAGUGACCAACUACCGCGCUCGCUGCGUCGUCAAUUUCACCAGCGGAAAGUGCCCAGAAGUGAAGCAGGCAAUAUCACGUAGGGUUCCUUACUCCCUCCAUAUCCUCGCUUCCCUCCUCCGACUUCCCGACCCAUUCGUCGAUCCUCUCUCAGAAAAUCGAAGCUUGGAAGAUCGCCCUGUUCAAACGAGGCAGGCUUGCUCCUUUCACCUUUUGAUUUCGAUUUUGGUUCCCCCUGUUCGUGUUUACCAUCUCCAGGAUUCGGGCUUCUGAUCGAGAUUGAAUUGCCUUCUUCCGCAGUUGAAUUGCUGUUAGUGACUGUUCCCUCUGUUUGUGAACAUCUCUCAGGACAGGAAAUGGCUAACGCUGUGCCAGCCCAGCUCGAGCCAUGGUGCAACUUGUCAGACAAAGUGGUGCUGGUCACGGGUGCAUCUUUGGGUUUAGGCCGAGACUUCUGUCUCGACCUAGCGAAAGCCGGGUGCAGGAUAGUGGCUGCUGCUAGGCGUAUCGAUCGCCUGCAAUCUCUGUGCAGCCAGAUCAAUCAGCUCCCGUUCCCAGCCCCUCAAUCUUCUUCGUCCGCGUCAGGGCAGCCUACCAAUGGUCUGCGUGCUGUGGCGGUGGAGCUGGAUGUAUCAGCCGGUGGUGCUGCCAUUGAUCAAGCUGUACAGAAGGCUUGGGAGGCGUUUGGGAGGAUAGAUGCAUUGGUCAACAAUGCAGGCGUUAGAGGUAGUGUCAGGACCCCAUUGGAAUUGUCUGAAGAAGAGUGGAAUCAUGUGAUCAAGACGAAUUUGACUGGCACUUGGUUGGUUUCCAAGUCAGUUGGCAUCAGGAUGCGUGAUGCGAAGGUUGGAGGUUCCAUAAUCAACAUCUCAUCGAUUGCUGGUCUCCAUCGUGGUCAAUUGCCUGGUGGUGUUGGCUAUGUUUCUUCAAAGACGGGAGUUAAUGCCAUGACUAAGGUGAUGGCGCUGGAGUUGGGGGUGUACAAGAUCAGGGUCAACUCAAUAUCGCCUGGACUUUUCAAGUCCGAGAUCACCAAAGGUUUGAUGCAGAAAGACUGGCUCACUCGGGUUGCUGAGAAGACGGUUCCUCUACAAACAUAUGGAACUGCAGAUCCGGCAUUGACAUCCCUUAUUCGAUACCUAAUCCAUGAUUCGUCGCAGUAUGUGACGGGCAAUAUCUUCAUUGUGGAUGCUGGAGUCACCUUGCCAGGGGUCCCUAUUUUCUCUUCACUUUGAGAGAAAGAAAGCUUGUACGUAUCAUAAUAGUAUAUCAUAGUCUGGUUUUAGUCACAUUUGUUAAGAGUCCACUCUGGGUUGGUUUCAGAUUUGGGAUUCGAACUCUGUGUUCCAUAAAUUGUCAAACAUUUGGAGCUCCUACUCCCAUUUACUUUAUUACAUUAUUCUUACUGUGGUUAGGGGCUACUUGCCUACUUCCCUCUCUCCACACCUUGCUGCUGCCCGUAAAAAACAAACUCAGAAAGUCAGCCGUUGGCAUCUAAGCUGCAUAACUCAUGUUAGCCUCUAAGCUGCUGCAGCUCUGAAGGACUGAGACCUUGAGCUGGCCAAAUGAGUCUCCUGGCGGUUGAACUUCAACUUCCUGGCCUCCUCCGGCGAUACCCUCCACGCGUUGGCCAAAACGUCAGCCGGUAUAGCCCUGAUGGCGGAGGUUCUUCCGGCGAUCGAGUUGACCAUGGCGUUGUCGUUGGUCUUGAAAGAUACCCACUCGAACCUGUCGCUCUCGCAGCGUUUCACCACCGCGAAGUUCUGGGGCACCGUCAGCACCUGUCCCUCGCGCAGCUCGCCGUCGAACACCGAGUUGCCGUUCUCGUUCACAAUCUGGACUCUGGCCUGCCCUCUGAUGGCGUAGAUUAUGCUGUUGGCGUUCAGGUUCCAGUGCGGCAGCCUCAUGGCUUCCUGCAAAUUUGAGUUCCAAAGAUGGUUAGUUAAUCGGGGGGAAUGAAAUUAGGAAGCUGCAGAGGGAGAAGUGGGGUUACGUUGUAAAGAACACCCCUCUCAGCGCUGAGCUGGAUCCAUCGGAGGACGGGGAGGUUGUGGCUGUUGACGGUGGUGAUGCGGCCAGCUUCAGGGGUGAAGAUGUCUGCUCGUGAGGGAUCCCCGAUGUUCUCCUUCAUCCUCAUGGAGCAGAAGGUCUCUUCCAGGCCAUUGGCAAGCCCACGGCCACCCUGCAGCUGUCUCUCUUCCUGAAUCCUUUUCGGAGGCCUCACAAACUCCAGCUGGCCUUCAACUCGGACUAUGCUGCCUCUGUUGUCAUUCUCGCCCUGCAACUUCCUCGCCAAGCUCUCGUCGAUGUUGAAAGCCUCGGCGAUGAAGCUGGAGUCCAGUCCGCAGAAGAGGUUGUUGCAGGUGGAGGAGCCUCCUUGGCGUUGGCGCCUCUUUCGCUUCUCGUCCUGGCUGCGGCUCAGCCUUCCUCCUUGCUGUGAUUCCUGGAACUCGUCUUCCGGGUUCCCGGCCAGGUAGAAGUUCUGCCAACCAAAAUCAAACAACAACAAGUUCCACAUUCUGUUGGAUCAGAAGAAAACUACCAACCUACAGAGGAAGCCAUGAAAUGAAAUGGUGGGUUUUGGUUUUUGGACCCUGGGGUUGUUGUCAAGCUGGUUCAGGUGGCUGGAGGUGUCGUGGACGGUCACAGCGAUGACGGGAUCGUUGCCAUCGUUGUGGCACCAGUGGGCUACUCCGGCGGGGAUGGCGAUGAUGUCUCCUUCACGGAAGGUGCGAACCUUCUGGUGCUGGUCUCGCCCACUGCCGCCUUCUUCAAACUGCUGCGAUUCCUCGAACGUCUCGGGGCAUCCCGGGAACAUGAUUCCAGUGUGUCCCCUUCCUAGGAAUCACAGCAGCAAAAACAUUUGGUCAAGAAUCAAACACUUAUCCAACUAGUGAAGCAGAUGAUUGAGAUUGUUGAACAAUUAGUUAAUGCAUAUGGUUACCCUGAACGAUGUAGAUGAGCUGAGGAGUGUUGCUGUAAGACGGCAAGAGAAGGCCGUUGGGUUCGAUAGUGCGCCUCACAAUGGCAACUCCAGCGCACUGGAACUGCUGGUGGCUUGGGUUCCAAGUCUCGAUCGUACCGGCCUCGCUCUGGAUGCGGUUGUCGGGCUCGAUCGCGUUGAUCCGGUCGAGCUGGCACUCGUUCCCCUGCUGCCAUUGCUGCCUAGCCUGUGAAGCGUGGAAGAGGAGUGCGGAAAGGCAGAGUGAGAGGCAGAGAAGUGAAGGGCUGGAUCUCGCCAUGAUGAUGAUGAUGUUGUGGUAAGUGUCAAAGUGAUGAGCAGUGUUUGCUGAAAUUUGCAGAGGUAUUCUUUAUAGGAGAAAGGAGGGCAUUGAAGGGUCGCCGCCACAUAAGAAAUGAAGUGGACAGGUUUCUUCCGCCAUUCUUCACUUUGCAUGGAUGCAUGGCCCUCCAUUUCUUAACACCUAAUGAGGACAGGGGAGCGGCACUGCCGGAUCCAGGGGGUGGCCACCCCGGGCCCCGGCCCAGCCCUCCUCUGGAUCCGGAGUUAGUAUAGCCUUUAUGAAUUUUUCGAUUUUGGUUAUUCGGCCCAGUGUUAUUUUAUAAUAAGAUUGGGUGUAACUAGAAAAAUGAUUCAAAUUAACAUAUUCAAAUCACUACUAUAAAUUUAGCCUAGAAAUUUUAGCUCCAAAGAUUAUUCUUCAAAAAAAUAAAAAUAAUGA